AUGUUGACCGCAAGCAAUCCCCGACCCACAGGCUUUCCAAUGGCUGAAAGCAACCCUCCAAUGGCUGAGAAACCAAAAAAGAAAAAGCCUAUUCGACAAGCAGUAGGCGUGGUUGUUGGAGAUCCUGCUACUGGAAGAAUUCUCAUGUUGACAAGUCGUAAGCGUCAAGGUGCCUUGGUACUUCCUCGAGGUGAACGCGCCGAAGGCGAAGAAGCUGAUGCGGCUGCUCUACGAGUUCUUCAAGAAGAAGGAUCCAUUCAGGCAACAGGCGUGUUGAAUCGCUUGGGUACCUACAUUGAAGCCAACAAACGCGGCAAGACAAUUGCCCAUCAUUGGAUGUAUGAAAUUCCAUAUACACGUACCACUAUCAUCACCAAAAGGCCACCAUUGCCAACAGCAUCAUCAUCACAAGAAGAUGAUGAAGAGAACAAUGAACGUACACGCGUGUGGGUAACAUUUGAGCAAGCAUUAGACGCUACCAUGGAUCGACCCAUGUCUCGCCUUGCACUUACAAAUAGUUCUUUCGCUAAGCAUCGCCAUUAA